GCGGGGCUCGGCGGCGGAAAGCGCAGAGGAGCCGGAGCGGGGACUCGGCUGUGGCCGCUGCCCCUGUCCCUUCCACCGAUCGCCGUGGCUCCAGGCUGACGGCCGGUCCGGAGGCGGGUGGGCGCGGGUCUGCCCCGGAGUGUCCGGGCGGCAGCCUCCCCGGGCCCCCCGGGCUCCGCGAGAGAUCAUGUCUACAGCCUCCGCGGCUUCCUCCUCCUCCUCGUCUUCGGCCAGUGACAUGAUUGAAGCCCCCUCCCAAGUCCUCAACUUUGAAGAAAUCGACUAUAAAGAGAUCGAGGUGGAAGAGGUUGUUGGAAGAGGAGCCUUUGGGGUAGUUUGCAAAGCUAAGUGGAGAGCAAAAGAUGUUGCUAUUAAACAAAUAGAAAGUGAAUCUGAGAGGAAAGCUUUUAUUGUAGAGCUUCGGCAGUUAUCCCGUGUGAACCAUCCAAAUAUUGUAAAGCUAUAUGGAGCCUGUUUGAAUCCAGUGUGCCUUGUGAUGGAAUAUGCUGAAGGGGGCUCUUUAUAUAAUGUGCUGCAUGGUGCUGAACCAUUGCCAUAUUACACUGCUGCCCAUGCCAUGAGUUGGUGUUUACAGUGUUCCCAAGGAGUGGCUUACCUUCACAGCAUGCAGCCCAAAGCUCUAAUUCACAGGGACCUGAAACCACCAAAUUUACUGCUGGUCGCAGGAGGGACAGUUUUAAAAAUCUGUGAUUUUGGUACAGCCUGUGAUAUUCAGACACACAUGACCAAUAACAAGGGGAGUGCUGCCUGGAUGGCACCUGAAGUCUUUGAAGGUAGCAAUUACAGUGAAAAAUGUGACGUCUUCAGCUGGGGUAUUAUCCUUUGGGAAGUGAUAACGCGUCGGAAACCCUUUGAUGAGAUUGGUGGCCCAGCUUUCCGUAUCAUGUGGGCUGUUCAUAACGGUACUCGACCACCACUGAUCAAAAAUUUACCUAAGCCCAUUGAGAGCCUGAUGACUCGCUGUUGGUCUAAAGAUCCUUCUCUACGCCCUUCAAUGGAAGAGAUUGUGAAAAUAAUGACUCACUUGAUGCGGUACUUUCCAGGAGCAGAUGAGCCCCUGCAGUAUCCCUGUCAGUACUCGGAUGAGGGACAGAGCAACUCGGCCACCAGUACAGCCUGUUCCAAGCCUAAACGGGGCCAUCGUAAAACUGCUUCAUUUGGCAACAUUCUGGAUGUCCCUGAGAUCGUCAUAUCAGGCAACGGACAGCCAAGACGUAGAUCCAUCCAAGACUUGACUGUUACUGGAACAGAACCUGGUCAGGUGAGCAGUAGGUCAUCCAGUCCUAGCAUCAGAAUGAUCACUACUACCUCAGGACCAACCUCAGAAAAGUCAGCUCGAAGUCAUCCAUGGACCCCUGAUGAUUCCACAGAUACCAAUGGAUCAGAUAACUCUAUCCCAAUGGCCUAUCUUACACUGGAUCACCAACUACAGCCUCUAGCACCAUGCCCAAACUCCAAAGAAUCUAUGGCAGUGUUUGAACAGCAUUGUAAAAUGGCACAAGAAUAUAUGAAAGUUCAAACAGAAAUUGCAUUGUUAUUACAGAGAAAGCAAGAACUAGUUGCAGAACUGGACCAGGAUGAAAAGGACCAGCAAAAUACAUCUCGUCUGGUACAGGAACAUAAAAAGCUUUUAGAUGAAAACAAAAGCCUUUCUACUUAUUACCAGCAAUGCAAAAAACAACUAGAGGUCAUCAGAAGUCAGCAGCAAAAACGACAAGGCACUUCAUGAUUCUCUAGGACUGUUAAAUUUUAAAAUAUGCAAAGAAAGACUUCUUUUUUUUAAAGAAACAAAAACCUUUAUAAUGACAAUCAUGAGUGUUAGCUUUUUGGCAUGUUCUGAAUGCCAACUGCCUAUAUUUGCUGCAUUUGUUUCAUCGUUUAUUUUCCUUUUCUCCUGGUGGACAUCCAGUUCAACUGUCUCCUUGCGUAACUUGGGGGCAUCCAUGACUUGAAUAAGCAGCAGUUCUCAAUCAACUUCCAAACAGAUGCGUGAGCCGUGGCUGUAUAUGCAUGCUCUUUGUGUGAAGGCUAGCCUAACAAAACCAGGUGGUAUCAAACUAGCUAUGUGCAAAACACCUUUUUUUUUUUUUUGAGGUGGAACCUCAAGAAUGAUGCUGUUCUUGUAUCUCAUCUCAAAAAAAAAUGAAUAAAUUUUUUUCCCCAAAGGAUGCUAUAUACGAAGUUAAAGACAGGGUAUGGUAAAUCUAGAAUAAUUGGUGGUGCAUUUUAGAAAUGCAAUACGUUGAGGGAUAGUCAAAGUGAAGGCUUUGAUGCCAACAUCCUUGGAUCAGUACUGAACUUAGUUUCAUCCAUAAAAUAUUUAAAGGUAAGUGGUGGCUACUGUAUUUAAUAAAAGCAUAUUUCAUUAGAUGAAAAUUUGACUAGGACACAUUAAACAAAGUGGAACCCUUUAUAAGGUAUAAAGAUUUUUAAUUCUGUGGCAUGUAUGCGUGUUGAAAUUGUAAAGCUUUUAUGACUAAUGUUAAUAUCUCUCCAAUGAGAUUAAAAGGUAAAUGAACACUAUCCAACUUAAAUGAUAAUUCCUCCCUGUAAUAAUUAUUGGAUUGUUUUACUAUAUAUUUGAAAAACUGAAGAGAAAUAUGGAAAAUGGAAAUAAUUGCUCCAGUGAAAAGGCUUGGACUUAGAUACUUUUACAAUAUGAUAUGCAUUAAAAACUAGAAAAUCAGGAAAUAUUAGUAAGAAAUUAAAGAAGUAAUUAUAAAUUUAUCAAGUAUCUUAUUUAUCGAUAUUAGAAUAAUUGGUUUUCCUUGCAAGCCCACCCUAGAAUGUCUGUUGCCUUUCAACACUUUUAAGGAAAUUCCAACACUUAAAAAGAGAGAAAAUUUAUAUUGUUAACAGUAACUUUGCUACCAAUUUUGAAAAUAAAAGUAAUAAUAAAACUUCAUUGAAAUAAUAGGCUAUAUAAGAUCUAUUUUUUCAGUUGGUAUUAAAAUAAGUCAUAUUUUGAUACCAGUGCAAGGUGUCUUUUAAAUAAGGAUGUCAUCAACCUCAUUUUUAUAGCAUUAAUGUUUUUUAAGAAAAAAUUUAAAAUGAAAGUAUAAUUGAUGUGAUUAUUAGAAUUAUAUCAUGAUUGUACUGUAGUUUUGCUCUAUUUCAGAUUAGCAGGUUGAUCUAAGUUACCAAAACUAUUCUUAAAAAUGCUAAAGCAGGUAACUUUUUCUUUCAUUAUUUUUUCCUCCUUCCACUGAGUUUUAUAAUGUAAUCUUUGUGUAUACAAGCAAUAAAGGCAAAGGACAGUUUGUACUAAA